GGCUACUCGCAUCUAGGGAAGCUGCUCAUCCCGGGUGGUUUGAGCGGGAUCGUCCCCGAGGAAGCCUGUCCUGGACACGAAACCCCUUUCUGCCAUAAAGUCUCGGCUCACUGGGGACAAGUUCGCAUGACACAUGAGCAACGGAUUCAGUGGGUCGUGGGAAUCGAAUCGUUUGUCCACGAGAUGGGUCAACGGUGAACUUGGGCACUGGUUUACAGGUGAAAUCCUGAUAUGUGUUAGCCUUCUCAAACAAUUCUGGCUAGUGACACGAAUGAGGAUAUAGUUUAGCCUGGAAUUUGAGAAAAUGGCCAGAGUUAAGCAAUGGCGCCAAAAAUGGAGAUCCAGAACACAAUCCUCGUCAAAGGGAAAAAAACACAUUGCGUUGACAUCUUCAUCCAGUCUUUCUUCAAAAGUUUUGCCGGCAAACAGGUCUCCAGUUGUCCUCCCUACCCAAAGAUGGCCGUUCUCUUCCUGGCUUUCAGCUUUUGGAGACAUAUUAGAAUCCCUCAAACAUAUCCUGGGUGCUGCGGUUAGUUGGUGUUGGUGGUGCCAGAGACACGUUGCACAAAUUUUUCACCUCUUUCUGAGCACAGCAUUUCCUUCGCACACGUACCUGGAGGAGCUGAAGGAGCUCAGGGCUGAAGUCAAAAACCUGAAAAGGGACGUGGCUGAGCUGCAGUCAAUUCUCCAAAAUGGAGGCACUUCUGUGGGAAACCCGCCUUGCCAGCUCUCUCCAAACCUGUUAUCAGCUUCUGCACAUACACAACUCUGCGUUGCACAACCUGCACCUUUGUCUUCAGAAAAUCCCACCCCUCCCCCUCCCCCACCGCCUCCCCCACUGCCACUUCCACCCCCACCCCCAGCACCCCUUGGAUUCAAAAGACGGAGUGACCCAAAGGCUGCCCCGUUAAAAAAAGAGGUGCCCCUGCAAAUAACAGCCCAGGAUCUUCUGAACGUGAAGCUGAAGAAGACCAAGAGUGAAGUAGCGACGGAGAAGGAAACAUCCCCACCCAAGGGAGGCAAGGCGCUGGUUACUCUCCGGGAUCUGCAGAGCAUCCGUCUCCAGCCCAAAGCCCCCCAGACGCUUCCUCGGGUCACACAUUUUCUCAACACUCCCAACGGAGACGGUUUAGAUUUCCGGAAACACUUGAAAAAAGUUGCUAUUCAAAGGAGUCCAGGGGGAACCCCAAUGAAUAACAAAGAAAACAUGGAGACUGGCACAGGAUUGACCCCACUGAUGACUCAGGCUCUCCGGCGCAAAUUCCAGCUGGCUCACCCAAAGAGUCCAUCUCCUUCCUGCUUACCCACAAGAAACACUUUUGAAGAACAGAGCUAGAAGAUCUGGUGGUGUCCACAAACCUCUACAAUGGAUACAUCGCUGCUCGGGGGAACAAUAUGGACCGAGAAACAGGGAUUUCCUUGGCCCUGUUUUUGGCAUGCUGGAAUAUGCUUCUUUCCCUCCCUCCUCCUGCUUUUUUUUAAAAGAAACAUUCUGUAGCAACGCAUUAGUACUGAAAAGCCCUUAAAACAUAUCCAGACCUUACCUUCUCAUCCCACUGGGCAUUCAAAACUCCUUGGAUGAAGCUGCUUUGACUUUAAAAAGCUUUUGCCAUUUUUACCUAACUUUGAGCUGCUCUUUCACAAAGUUUACACACCCUCCCUCCAAUAUAUUUGUAAAUGAAGACUUUUUUUGGUGAGGGGUUGACAUAUGUCGAUCCGAAGAAAUAGCCCCGUUUUUCCCGAGAUUGCAAGAAUUCUAUUUAUUCUUGGCUCGUUAUGUUUGCAACUAAGCUGUGCGCACGCAGAAAUUUGUAUGCAUCAGGGAUCUGCAACCUUAAACACUCCAAGAGCCAUUUGGACACUCUUCCCACAGAAAAACACCGGGAGCCAAUAAUUUA